AUGUUUGAAAACUUCGAAAGAAUUGAGGCAUUCGAUGAUAGCCUUAAACGAGGGUCGUGGCUCUGGUGGCUCGUCGGAUUUUAUCUUACACUUCCAAUCACAGUGUACAUCAUACUACCUUUCUUGACAUACAAGGGGAGCGCAGGCAAAAGGAAAACGAUAUCUAUUCUUGUAUUGGGCGAUGUCGGUCACUCACCUCGCAUGUGCUACCAUGCCCGUUCUUUUUCCGAACUUGAUUACAAUGUGAACUUGUGCGGUUAUGUUGAGACUGAACCACCCACUGCUGUGAUUGACGAUAUCAACAUUGAGAUCCAUCCUAUUCAUGCCAUUCAAAACACGAUGGAACUACCAUACUUAGCCUUUGCUGUCCAAAAAGUCCUCAUGCAAUUGGUUCAGUUAGGAAGACUCUUGUUCGAGCUUCGGGGAAGCCACUACUUCAUGAUACAGAACCCCCCCUCAUUGCCUCUCUUAUUACUCGUCGUCGUGUUUAUCAAACUUUUCAGCCGGAAUUCCUUGCUCAUAAUUGACUGGCACAAUUUGAAUUAUACGAUACUCAAUCUAAAGUUCAAAAAUAUGAGCCAUCCCAUGGUUCGCUUGUUACGUUUGUACGAGAAGUAUUUGGGACGAUGUGCUUGGCUAAACCUCACCGUGACAAACCAGAUGAAACAAUUUCUCGUCACAGAAUUUCAACUCAACCCGAAAAAGAUUAUUGUACUUCACGAUCGUCCAGCACGCCAGUUUGUUCCAUUGAUCGACGGUAAUAAUGAAAAGCAGGAGAUCUUGCUGAACCAUGAACUAUUCCAAGGUAUUAAAAACAUCCAAGAUUACAGGAUUAUUGUAUCUGCUACGUCUUUUACUCCGGAUGAGGACUUCGAGAUUCUCUUGAGGGCAUUGAAAACUUAUGACGACAAUAAGAGCAAUAUCGCACCCUUGUUGCUUAUAAUCACCGGAAAAGGACCUUUAAAACAGAUGUUUCUUGACAGGGUUGACUCCUUGAACUUUCUGCCAAAAGUGAUUGUAAAAACUGCGUGGCUUUCGCUGGAGGAUUAUCCAAAGAUUCUUUCGUUGGCCGAUUUAGCGGUUUCUUUACAUACAUCACUGAGUGGUAUAGAUCUUCCAAUGAAGAUUGUGGACUUCUUUGGGGUUGGUGUUCCUGUGAUAACGUUGGAUUUUCCAGCGAUUGGCGAGUUGGUGAAAGAUCAGGUGAACGGAAUGGUGACACAUACAACUGAAAAAUCUGACGAGGCGGAUCAAAUGUACAAAUUAAUUACUAAAGCGAUGUCGGAUCCCCAACUUUUAUCCACGCUCAAGGAGAAUGCGAUUGAAGAGAGCAAGAACACAUGGGACAUCAACUGGAGAACACACUUGGAAAAAGUAUUCUACUACGGUGAUUAA